CCUGCCCGAGGCAGCGCGGGGGCUGCUUUCCCCGGGAUCCGCCUCUUCCUCCGUCCCGUGGCCUUUGGGGUUUUGCCAGCCGGGGGGCUCGAGCGACGGGAGGCAGCGGCGAGGGUUCCUGAGGGCUCCGGUGGUCCAGCUGCCCCGGGCAAGAGGCGUCUCGGCACUCGGGUUCCACUUGCGGCUCGGCGGGGAUGGGAUAUGGGGUUCCGGGGGCUCGCAGAGCCCCUGGGGUUGACACUGUGGGGUGGCAGAGGAGACGCUGCUCUUCUCCCUCUUCUUGUAGCGGCCAGGACUUGUCCAGCCCAUACUGCCAGGCGUGACCCUGUAGGUCACAGGUGCCCCGGCACCUGAGCUGGUGAACCACCGGCGGAUUGAGGGUGCUGACCCCAACCGUGUCAGCCCUCGGGACCGCUCGUCCAGCAGGGGCCAGUGGCAGAGUAGCAGUCGGUACCCACAGGUGUCCCGUGUCACCCACUGCCACCAGCCCUUCCGGAUAAGGUGGUGCUGGCAGGAGGGUCUCUAGUGCAGGCGCGACCUGGCUGGCUCGAUGUUGGCCCGCUGUGGUUUGCUCUGGGCAGAGCUAUUCGGCACCGCAGUUCAAAGCGGCCGCGGCCAUCCCAGGGAGCCGUGGAACGGCAGCUCCGGGAGAGGAGCCGGGCGCUGCCCCCUGCGCUCCGUGAGGCACCGUGCUCUCGCCAGAUUCCUGCUGUGUGGAGAUGCUGCCGGUGGGACACGGGGCUGCUGCUGAUCUCGGUCUGCUCCACUGGCAGCAUGGCAUGAGUGCAGAUGGAGAGAGAAGUCGGCUAGGAAGGUGUUUGCCUACCAGGCACGGCACGGAGGGCACCCAGCUGCCUGUGAAUCCACCUGGGAAAGAAACCUCUGUGCCAGUGCCAGGCUGAGAGCUUCGGCUGCGAGAGCAGCGUCGGCAGGUGGUCACCCCCAUGGGGCUGCUCUCUGCUCUGAGUUACUGUUCUUCUGUGUGUGAGGGAACUGCCCACGGUACCUGUCCCGUGCCCCUAAAGGCUCUUGGGCUUUCGUCCUGUUUGCAGAGAGGGGUGAGUAAUGGCCGAGGAAUUUUGACGAGCUGGCAAAACUCAUUUGGCCGAUUGCCUUCUCCCGUUCGAGCUGCCGGUCUAGCCAGCCCUGCAUUUCCAUCCAGCAGAUCCUGUGGACUGUCACUAGCUCAUCCAUUGCCCUGACUCUUGCCCUUGGAGGAAAAUAGUCAUGGGGGAAACGGGGAAAGAAGAGUACAAAAUACAGUCCUUCGACUCCGAGACUCAGAAGCUGCUGAAAACUGCCCUCAAAGAGCCCAGUAAUGUGGACCUGGAGAAAGUGGCCAACAUUAUAGUGGACCAGUCCCUCAAAGACUCUGUGUUCAGCAAGGAGGCCGGGCGCAUCUGCUACACCAUCAUCCAGGCAGAGAGCAAACAAGUUGGCCAGAGCAUCUUCCGGAGGAGCCUGCUGAACCGGCUGCAGCAGGAGUACAAGGACAGGGAGGAGCUGCGCACCCGCUCACUCCAGGCCUGGAUCUGUUACGUCACCUUCAUCUGCAACAUCUUUGACUACCUGAGGGUGAACAAUAUGCCCAUGAUGGCUCUGGUGAACCCUGUGUAUGACUGCCUGUUCCGGCUGGCACAGCCCGACAGCCUGCAGAAGGAGGAGGAGGUGGACUGCUUGGUCCUGCAGCUCCACCGCAUUGGUGAGCAGCUGGAGAAGAUGAAUUCCCAGCGGAUGGACGAGCUCUUCUCCCUCCUCCGAGAUGGCUUCCUUCUGCAGGAGGGGCUCAGCUCCCUGUCCCAGCUCCUUCUGCUGGAGAUCAUUGAGUUCCGGGCUGCUGACUGGAAGAUGACGGAUGCUGCCCAGAAAUAUUAUUACAGUGAAGUGACAGAUUAACCUCCUGCAGCAGAGGAGUCCCCAGCACCUUCACCAGCAAGCUUCGUACCAAGUUGGAAUUGUUCACAUUAAUUUUCUAGCACUUCCUGUAAAUAGGGUUUAUACUGGCUAGAGCCUCUCUGCACCUACUGUCAGAUGCAGCUGGUCCUAGUCUGACUUUGGAGGUUCAGAACAGAGGGAAGGACACACUUCACCCAGAAAGUUUUCCCACUGAUUUUGUCUUAAUAUUGGGCUACUGCCAGCAAAGGGCUCGAGAGGCUUCUAGCUCACACCAGCAUUUUUUAUGAGUGUUAAGGAAAGCACAGUUUAGGCUGAGAACAUUUUGCUUCACCCCAAAGCCAGCAGAGCUGUGGGAGGCAGCAGGGAAAUCUCCCAGCUCAGGUAGUACCUGGUUCUCUGGGGCAGGUCACAGAACACAUCAUGGCCUCACAAACUCAACCAAGUGCUUUUUUUUCCCAGACUCCUUCCAGCACGUUGGCUGCACCUGCAUGCACACAGCCUCUCCAGCAGCCAGGAAUAGCUGCCACGGGGAAGCCUGCUACAGGACAGGUCCCUGAGUACAUGUAGUAAUGGGUUUUAUAGGUUUUAUACAGUAACUGUCAUUUUUUUUUCAGAAUUGUGCAAGUUUCAGCUACAGUAUAUUUCUUAUAAGAAUGGGUGAGGAAGAAACAAAAUAGUCUAUUGAAGGAUUUUUUCUAAUAAAAGUUUUCCACU